GGCCCACGCGGCGGACGUCGCUACGCAGGCGCCGUAGCCCUGUGGGGGGAGGAGAGCGGAGACUCCAUCCGCCAUGUUGGAUGCCGCAGAUUCGCCAUAACCUCGCGGGCUCGUUCCUUAAAAAAAUAAAAAUAAGAAGCCAAGCGCCCGCCGAGGGCCUCGCCUUCUCGGUCGACACGGAAGGAGGCCCGGGAGAACCCGGGGCCUUUUUUUUUUUUUUUUCCUCCGCGGUGGGGGCGUUGCCAUGGAGACGCGGGCGGCAGAAAACGCGGCCAUCUUCAUGUGUAAAUGUUGUAACCUUUUCUCACCAAACCAGUCGGAACUUCUGUCCCACGUUUCCGAGAAGCAUGGGGAGUUAGGGGUUAAUGUGGAUGACAUCAUCAUUCCCCUUAGGCCUCUGAGUACUCCUGAGCCCCCCAACCCAAGCAAGACUGGAGAAGAGUUCUUGGUCAUGAAGAGGAAGCGAGGCAGGCCGAAGGGGUCCACAAAGAAGCCCAGCGCCGAGGAGGAGCAGGCAGAGAACAUGGCGCCCCCAAGCGAGGACGGGCCGCUGGCGGCGGCCGGGGGAGCGAGCGGCCUUGCCCCCGGCAGCCUGGAGUGCAGCAAGUGCAGCCGCAGGUUCUCCAACACGCGCCAGCUGCGGAAGCACAUCUGCAUUAUCGUGCUGAACUUGGGCGAGGACGAAGGAGAGGCAGGCAAUGAGUCAGACCUUGAGCUAGAAAAGAAGGGUAAGGAAGAUGACCGAGAAAAAGCCCCGAAAAGACCUCGGGCCCAGAAAACCGAGAAGAUGCCGAAGACGACCCCGGGGAAGGAGGCGGCGCAGCUCUCGGGAGCCAAGAAGCCCAUCGUCAGCGUGGUCCUGACUGCCCACGAAGCCAUUCCAGGUGCUACCAAGAUCAUUCCGGUGGAGGCCGGGCCUCCCGACGCUGGGGCAGCAAAUCCCGAGACCAGCACGGCCGACCUGGUGCUGCCGCGAAGAGGGUACCAGGAGUACGCCAUUCAGCAGACCCCGUAUGAGCAGCCGAUGAAGUCGAGCCGGCUAGGCCCCACCCAGCUGAAAAUCUUCACCUGCGAAUACUGCAACAAGGUCUUCAAGUUCAAGCACUCGCUCCAGGCCCACUUGAGGAUCCACACCAACGAGAAGCCCUACAAGUGCCCCCAGUGCAGCUACGCCAGCGCCAUCAAGGCCAACCUCAACGUGCACCUGCGCAAGCACACCGGGGAGAAGUUCGCCUGCGACUGCUGCCCCUUCACCUGCCUGAGCAAGGGCCACCUCAAGGUGCACGUCGAGCGCGUGCACAAGAAGAUCAAGCAGCACUGCCGCUUCUGCAAGAAGAAGUACUCGGACGUGAAGAACCUCAUCAGGCACAUCCGGGACUCCCACGACCCCCAGGACAAGAAGGUCGAGGAGGCCCUGGACGAGCUCCGCCUGAUGACCCGGGAAGGCAAGCGCCAGCUGCUCUACGACUGCCACAUCUGCGAGCGCAAGUUCAAGAACGAGCUGGACCGCGACCGCCACAUGCUGGUCCACGGGGACAAGUGGCCCUUCGCGUGCGAGCUCUGCGGCCACGGGGCCACCAAGUACCAGGCGCUGGAGCUGCACGUCAGGAAGCACCCCUUCGUGUACGUGUGCGCCCUGUGCCUCAAGAAGUUCGUCAGCUCCAUCCGGCUGCGGGCCCACAUCAGGGACGCGCACGAGGCCGCCCCGGAGGCCUCGGUCUUCGCCAGCUCCAUCAACCAGAGCUUCUGCCUCCUGGAGCCUGGCGGGGACAUCCAGCAGGAAGCCUUGGGGGAGCAGCUGCCGCUGGGGGCCGGCGGGGGCCCGGGGCGCCAGGGCGUCGACGGGCUCAAGGGGGAGGCUCAGCCGGAGGAGGGCCGGGAGCAGCUGGAGAACCCCCCCGCGGAAACACCCGUCCCCGCGGCGCCCUCGGCCCCGUCCCAGGCCGCGGUCGCUGCCCUGCCGCCCUGCAAGCUGGAAACCGGCGUGGCGCCCUCCGACCUGCCGGCCCUGUCCGUGGUCUCCGACGACUUCCUGUUGAAGGACGACGCCCCCGCCCCCGCCGAGGCUCCCGAUGCUGCCGCCGCCGCCGCCGCCACCGCCGCCGGCAGGGUCCCGGACGCCCAGCGGGAGCACUCGGCCCAGCCUCAGGGUGGAGACGUCACGCUGUUGCUGUCCACGGCCAAGAGCACUGCUCCGGACCCCGAGGCCGCGAGCGCCCCCAGCCCUCCGCCGGCCGGCGAGCCCGACCUGAGCCGCUGUCUCCUGCCUGACCCGGCCCAGGCCUCGGACCUCCCCGCUCCCGCCGCCACGGCGGCGGCGGGGGGUGAGGACAAUGGUGCGUGCCAGCCCGACUCUGGCAAACCCGCCUCUGAGCAGCGGUCCGGCGGCACGGCCUUCAUGAAGGUUCUGGACAGCCUGCAGAAGAAGCAGAUGGACACUGGCCUGUGCGAGCGGAUCCGGAAGGUCUAUGGAGACCUGGAGUGUGAAUACUGUGGCAAACUUUUUUGGUACCAAGUGCAUUUUGACAUGCAUGUCCGCACCCACACCCGGGAACAUCUGUAUUAUUGCUCCCAGUGCCAUUACUCCUCCAUCACCAAAAACUGCCUUAAACGCCAUGUCAUUCAGAAACACAGUAACAUCUUGCUGAAGUGCCCCACUGACGGCUGUGACUACUCGACUCCAGAUAAAUAUAAGCUGCAGGCACACCUUAAAGGUCACACAGAGCUGGACAAAAGGAGUUAUUCUUGCCCUGUGUGUGAAAAGUCUUUUUCAGAAGAUCGAUUGAUAAAGUCACAUAUCAAGACCAACCAUCCUGAGGUUUCCAUGAGCACCAUUUCUGAGGUGCUUGGGAGGAGGGUGCAGCUGAAGGGGCUGAUUGGGAAGAGAGCCAUGAAGUGCCCGUACUGCGAUUUCUACUUCAUGAAGAACGGCUCGGACCUUCAGCGUCACAUUUGGGCUCACGAAGGUGUGAAGCCUUUUAAGUGUUCUUUGUGUGAGUAUGCGACGCGCAGCAAGAGCAACCUCAAGGCUCACAUGAAUCGCCACAGCACCGAGAAGACGCACCUGUGUGACAUGUGCGGCAAGAAGUUCAAAUCCAAGGGGACCCUGAAGAGUCACAAGCUCCUUCACACGGCUGAUGGGAAGCAGUUCAAGUGCACAGUGUGCGACUACACAGCGGCCCAGAAGCCACAGCUGCUGCGGCACAUGGAGCAGCACGCCUCCUUCAAGCCUUUCCGCUGUGCUCAUUGCCAUUACUCGUGCAACAUCUCCGGCUCGCUGAAGCGGCACUACAACAGGAAGCACCCCAACGAGGAGUACGUCAACGUGGGCAGCGGGGAGCUGGUAGCCGAGGCGCUCAUCCAGCAAGGUGGUUUGAAAUGUCCUGUUUGCAGCUUUGUAUAUGGCACCAAGUGGGAGUUCAACCGGCACUUGAAGAACAAACAUGGCUUGAAGGUGGUGGAAAUUGAUGGAGACUCCAAGUGGGAGCCAGCCACAGAGACUGGUGAGGAGCUGUCCACCCAGUAUCUGCACAUCGCAGAGGCGGAAGAAGAUGUCCAGGGGACGCAGGCCGCAGUCGCUGCGCUGCAGGAUCUGAGAUUCACCUCGGAGAACGGUGACCGGCUUGACCCCACGGCGGUGAACAUCCUGCAGCAGAUCAUCGGGCUGGGUGGGGAGACCCACGAUGCCACGGCCGUGGCCUCUGUGGUUGCCAUGGCUCCCGGGACCGUGACUGUGGUGAAACAGGUCACGGACGAGGAGCCCAGCGCCAACCACACGGUGAUGAUCCAGGAGACGCUGCAGCAGGCCGCGGUGGAGCUGGCGGAGCAGCACCACCUGGUGGUGUCCUCGGACGACGUGGAGGGCAUCGAGACGGUCACCGUGUACACGCAGGGCGGGGAGGCCUCGGAGUUCAUCGUCUACGUGCAGGAGGCCGUGCAGCCGGCCCAGGAGCAGGUGGAGGAGCAGCCGGCCCAGGAGCCCUAGGGCAGCUGGCCCCGCGUGCCUGCCCGGUGGC